UUUUUUUCGGAAGGUAGGCGUCAGAAUGCGAGCGUAAUCUUUCAUCACCAAACGGACAUACCGGUACACAAAUGCGCCACAUUUAUGACAACAGGAACACAUAUUUUUUACAUUUUGUUAUAGAUUAAACCAGUUAGGGGUUCCUGUCAUGUUUCAGGUGAGUACCAGAGACAUUUCCCCUGUAACUGGUCCAAAAAGAGAAAAUUAGCCAAUAUUUUACCCAAAAAGCAAAGCAAAAAGGGUGCAUUUAUACCACUAAUACUUUUACUUUUGAUACUUUAGGGAGACCUAAAGGGAUAGUUGUAACAUUUGUCUGCUAUUAAAUGAUGUAAAUGUCAUCUCUGCAACACAGACAGAAAAUGAAUGGUUUAGUCUCAAACACAAGAAGUGAAACGUUACUAUUCACCCCAUAGUCUGGGGUGAAAGGUUAGAUAUGGAAUCUAAUAAAAACAUGAUAAUGAACGUUUUUUACUCAACACUUUUUUUGAUUUCUGGUUUUUAUUUUACAAAGUUUGUGUGUUUGGGUUUGUGUGAAUUUACCGUCAGUCAUAGUAGUUAUGUGAGUCACUAAUAUCACUGACAGUAGUCGUGAACAUGACACAUUUUGUCAAAUGAUCAAAUUUGACAAAAUGUGCAAAUGUGCACAAACUUAAACAUUACAGUGUUUGUCAGACACAUACUGAAAUAUAAAGAAAAAAAAUAAAUACAACAAAACAUUUUUAAUUGUUGUUUCAACUAACCCAGACUCUUGUGAUUCAUAACUUGUUCCUUCAUCCCCAGCCCCCCUUACUUUAUGCUGAUAAUAGCUUACUUGUGUAAUACAGAAUAAUUUUGAAUGGCGGAUCUGAAUAGUUCUUUCACCAUUGAUAACACCAUCUUCAUUCAUUACACACACACACACACACACACGCACGCACACGCACACACACACACAAGCAUAGAUGGGCCAGUCUUAAGAGGAUUAUUGCAAAGAGAACACAAAGCAAUUACUGUCACUUGUUGUCAUCAUCAUACCUGUGUCUCUCUAUAUACACACAUACACGUAUGCACACACACACACACACACACACACACACACAUUCACAAUACUGCAACAGGCUACACUCCUGAAAAGCACUCAGUGAGAAACAGGUGGGGAGACUGUUAGGAUGCAGGAAUAUGAUGUUGUUGUGCUUGGAACUGGUCUUAAGGAAUGUGUCCUUUCUGGUUUAAUGUCUCAAAGUGGGAAAAAGGUUCUGCACAUUGACAGGAAUCCUUACUAUGGAGGAGAGAGCGCGUCCAUUUCUCCCCUGGAGGAGCUGUACAAGAAGUUUAAGGUUCCAGGUCCUGCCAAGUCUUUGGGCCGUGGAAAAGAGUGGAAUGUUGACCUUGUCCCCAAAUUCUUUCUUGCCAAUGAUCAGCUGGUGAAAAUCUUGGUGCACACUGAAGUUACUCGGUAUAUGGACUUCAAAAUUGUUGAAGGCAGCUACGUAUACAAAACAGGCAAAGUGCACAAAGUCCCCGGCACAGAGGAAGAAGCCCAUGCUUCAGAUCUGAUGGGCAUGUUUGACAAGAGGAGGUUCAGGAAGCUGCUGCUCUUUGCCAUGAACUUUGACGUGAGGAACCCUCGGACCUACCAGGACAUAGAUCCUAACAAAACGACCACACGGGACCUGUUCUGCCGCUUUGACCUGGGACUAGAUGUUAUGGAGUUCACAGGUCAUGCCAUAGCCUUACACAGCAGCGAGAGUUACCUGGACCAGCCAUGUUUGGAGACCAUCAGAAGGAUCAAGCUGUACUGUGAGUCUCUGUCCCGCCACAACACCAGUCCAUACCUCUACCCUGUGUAUGGACUGAGCGAACUACCACAGGGAUUUGCCAGACUGAGUGCAGAGUACGGAGGGACCUUCCUGCUGAACAGAUCCGUGGAUGAGAUUGUGAUGGACAACGGCAGGGUCACAGCUGUGAAAUCUGAGGGGAAGCUGUUCCACUGUAAACAGCUCAUCUGCGACCCCAGCUAUGUCCCUAACCGAGUGAGGAAAGUCGGGCGUGUGAUAAGAGUCAUCUGUUUAUUAAAUCAUCCGGUCAAAAACACCCACGAGGCAAACUCCUGUCAAAUCAUCAUCCCUCAAACACAACUCAACAGGAAAUCAGACAUUUACAUUAGUGUAGUGUCCCACGUCCACAAUGUGGCCUCAGAUGGGGUGUACAUCGCCACAGUGAGCACAACUGCAGAAACCAGCAACCCAGAGAAAGAAGUUCAGCCAGGCCUGGAGCUUCUCGAGCCCAUCAUGCAAAAAUUUGUUUCAGUCCGCAACCUGCUGGUUCCCAAUGAAGAUGGAAAAAAGAGUCAGAUCUUUGUGUCCCGCUCGUAUGAUGCAACAAACCAUUUUGAGUCGGAGUGUGAGGACAUCAAAGACAUGUAUCGCCGGAUCACUGGCGCAGAGCUCUGCUUUGGAGGAUCACAGAGACACCAGUCUCACAACUCUGAUGAUGGCUGAGAAAGAUUUUCAUUGUUAGGGCCAGCUGGGAGGCCAAAAUAACAAAAUGGAUGAUUAUACCACUGCACAGCUGUAACGCAGAGGGUGUUAUGUAGCAGGUAGAGUGAACUGUGAGUGUACUACGUAAAUGUUGCAUGUCUUUUUGUGUCCUCUAAUUUGUUUGCUAUCAUAUCUCCCUUUUGUGAAUUUCUGUAAAGCAUGACGCUGCUCAGUAAAACGUCUUUUUCUUUUGUCCAAUCUGCCGUUGCAAUAUUUUGGUAUCAGACAAGGUAAUACUCUGUAACUAUCAAUACAACUAAUUUCACUACAAA